CUGCAUUUCUAGCUAGGGGCUUUAUGAUAUCUGAUUAUUGCAGAGACUAGAGAAUACAAAUGGAGUGGUUGCUGAUUGUUGUUUCAUUGACUGUAAUAUGGGUGGCUUCUCUUUGCAAAGUUCUCCAUGAAUCUCUGUCUGGCUCCAAGGCUACAUUUUUAGAUGAUGGUGGAGUUUCUCUGAAGAGAAAUGUUUUGUUGGUUAUUGCCCAUCCUGAUGAUGAAUCUAUGUUCUUUGCUCCAACCAUCAAUUACCUAACUUCAAAGGGGCACACCGUACACAUAUUGUGCAUGUCAACUGGUAAUGCAGAUGGCAUGGGGGAUACUAGAAAACAAGAGCUCUACCUGGCUGCUGCAACCCUUAAGGUAAUAUGAAAUCUGAUAAGCAUU